AUGCAUUCGGUCGCUGCUCUUGUGUUUUCAAAACGAGAGGAAAUCAGCCAGGCCUCAGGGCUUGGGAGCGGCUGGCGGGCCUCUAUCCGCGGUCCCCGCGGCCUGGCUGCUGGGCUGCGGGCCCCGAGGGGGCGGCAAGUCGGCGCCGUGCACGGUGGAGUGCACCUGCGGCGGCGGGGCCGCGGAGGCCCGGCCCCUCUGCUGCAGGGGGCUCAGCCCGGGGCGGCUCCAGCCAGAGGCCGGCGGGGACAACAAGGGCACCUGGGGCGGCAGGAAUCCGCCCACUGCACUGAGGUGAACGAGCAAGACCCUGUACCCCUGGACCCUGUGACCCCGGACCCUGGACCCCUGGACCCUGUGCCCCCGGACCCCAUACGCCUGGACCCCGUACCACCGGACCGUGUGUCCCUGGACCCUGUACCCCCGGACCCCGUACCCCUGCACCCUGUACCCCCGGACCCUGUGCCCCCGGACCCUGUACCCCUGGACCCCGUGUCCCUGGACCCUGUACCCCCGGACCCCAUGUCCCCGGACCCCGUACCCCCGGACCCCGUACCCCUGCACCCUGUACCCCCGGACCCUGUACCCCCGGACCCCGUACCCCCGGACCCUGUACCCCCGGACACUGUACCCCUGCACCCUGUGCCCCUGGACCCUGUACCCCUGCACCCUGUACCCCCGGACCCUGUGCCCCCGGACCCUGUACCCCUGGACCCCGUGCCCCCGGACCGUGUGUCCCCGGACCGUGUGUCCCCGGACCCUGUACCCCCGGACCCCGUACCCCCGGACCCUGUACCCCCAGACACUGUACCCCUGCACCCUGUGUCCCCGGACCCUGUACCCCUGCACCCUGUGUCCCCGGACCCUGUACCCCUGCACCCUGUAACCCCGGACCCUGUGCCCCCGGACCCCGUACCCCUGGACCCCGUGCCCCCGGACCCCGUACCCCCGGACCGUGUGUCCCUGGACCCUGUACACCCGGACCCCGUACCCCCGGACCCUGUACCCCCAGACCCUGUACCCCUGCACCCUGUGUCCCCGGACCCUGUACCCCUGCACCCUGUACCCCCGGACCCCGUGCCCCCGGACCCCGCACCCCUGGAUCCCGUGCCCCCGGACCCCGUACCCCCGGACCGUGUGUCCCUGGACCCUGUACACCCGGACCCCAUACCCCCGGACCCUGUACCCCCAGACCCUGUACCCCUGCACCCUGUGCCCCCGGACUCUGUACCCCUGCACCCUGUACCCCCGGACCCUGUGCCCCCGGACCCUGUGCCCCUGGACCCCGUGCCCCCGGACCCCGUACCCCCGGACCCUGUGUCCCUGGACCCCGUAACCCCGGACCCCGUACCCCCGGACCCUGUGUCCCUGGACCCCGUACCCCCGGACCCUGUACCCCCAGACCCUGUACCCCUGCACCCUGUGCCCCCGGACCCUGUACCCCCGGACCCUGUACCCCUGCACCCUGUGCCCCCGGAUCCUGUACCCCUGCACCCUGUACCCCCGGACCCUGUGCCCCCGGACCCUGUACCCCUGGACCCUGUGCCCCCGGACCCCGGACCCCCGGACCCUGUGUCCCUGGACCCCGUACCCCCGGACCCCGUGCCCCCGGACCCUGUACCCCUGGACCCCGUACUCCCGGACCCCGUGCCCCCAGACCUUGGGAUGCCGGCAGCCGAGGAGGCGGGGCACAGGGCCACUGCGGGGGCCGCUUGGGAAGCAGCUGGGAGAGGCGCGGCUGCGGGCUGA